UGUUUGUUUUCAGUCAGAAGCUCAAACACAUUAAAAAUUACUAGAACGAACAGAGUUAUAGUUAGUGCGCUCUUCAAAAAUUUUUUUUUUUUUGUGGUUUUGGGUUGAUUUGUUUAGAUAAAGGUGGGGCGGCGAUUUGCCAUUAAAAAGAAGAAUCCAAAGCUCCAAAGACAAAAAAGCUACAGGUUUUGUGAAGAGUUUUGAGAAAAAGCAUCUCCAGAAUAAGAAGAAUCUGGCGCAGGUGGAGAAACCCCACAAGCUGCCUUCCUCGAAUCCCUUUCUUCCCCCGUCGAUGCCCUCUCGGUUGAUAUAAAGCCAUGGAAUUGGGUCGGCAAUGCCCUCAUUUUUGUCGCUACAGCGCCAUUUAUCUGCAACGAGCUUCUUGGUUUCUGUCGUUUAGAUCUCGUCGAAUUCCUUCUUUUUUAAACGGAUUCUUUAGGCAAGAAUCAGAGAUACUGAAAUGGUGUUGAAGCUUUUAUUGCUUCUGUUCCUCUACUCCCUUCCAGUGAUUUUUUCUCAAGACAAUGCAAAUGUAACAAUUAUUAUCCAGGGAUCUGUUACAGUGGCUGAAACUGAUGAUAGUUUCAUAUGUGCCACCAUUGAUUGGUGGCCACCUCAGAAAUGUGAUUAUAAAAAUUGCCCAUGGGGAAAUGCUUCUGUUCUAAAUUUGGAUUUGAAUAAUCCAUACCUAUCGGCGGCUAUUAAAGCCUUUAAUCCUCUACGAGUAAGAGUUGGAGGCACUUUGCAAGAUCGAAUCGUUUAUGAUGUGGGAAUUUUCAAACCAAAUUGUGCUCCAUUUUCGGUGUCGGAUUCUGGGCUUUUUGGUUUCUCAGCAGGAUGUUUGAGCAUGGAAAAAUGGGAUGAGCUGAACCAUUUAUUCCAGAAGACAGGGGCAAUAGUUAUAUUUGGUCUGAAUGCUCUUCAAGGGAGACGUCAAAGCAGUGAGGGUAUUUGGCAAGGUCCCUGGAACUCGAGCAAUGCUCACGAUUUCAUUCAAUACACAAUUUCCAAGGGAUAUCCCGUCACUACAUGGGAGUUUGGAAAUGAGUUGAGUGGACAUGGAAUAGGUGCAAGUGUUGAUGCAGAACAGUAUGCCAAAGAUUUAAUUCUCCUGAAAACUAUCCUUAGUGAUCUGUACAGAAAUUCCAAGUCAAAGCCAUUCCUGGUAGCACCUGGAGGGUUCUUUAAUGAUGAAGAGUGGUAUGCUCAGCUUCUUGAGGCUUCUGGGCCUAAUGUUCUCAAUGCCUUGACACAUCAUAUAUACAAUCUAGGUGGAGGUGAUGAUCCUAAUAUUGCAGAGAGAAUUAAAGAUCCAAAUUAUUUAAGUGGCUUUGCAGAUACAUUCAGAGCUGUUCAGCUCACCCUACAGGAACAUGGACCUUGGUCAUCUGCCUGGGUUGGUGAAGCAGGUGGUGUCUACAACAGUGGCAGUCCUCAAGUCUCUAACACCUUCCUAAACAGCUUUUGGUACUUAGAUCAACUAGGAAUGGCAUCAAAGUACAACACAAAGGUUUAUUGUAGACAAGCAUUGAUUGGUGGCAAUUAUGGCCUCCUUGACAAAGAAACAUUCGUACCAAAUCCUGAUUACUACAGUGCGCUACUUUGGCAUCAGCUCAUGGGGAAAGGUGUUCUUGCUAUUGAUAUUAAUGGUUCUCCAUUCAUAAAAGCAUAUGCUCAUUGCAGAAAAUCUGAAUCAGGUGUCUCCUUGCUCUUGAUCAAUUUCAGCAAAUCUGCAACAUUUAACACAACUGUCCACAAUGAUCUGAAUGUCGAUCUUGUGGAGAAAGGCAUUCAAAAGGAUGGUUCUUUUGCCCAUAAUUUGAAGAGAACGGUGUCAUGGAUUGGAAGAAAAGUUUCAGAUGGAUCUCCAAGUAGGGAAGAAUAUCAUUUAACAGCUAAGGAUGGAGACUAUCUAAGCAGGAUAAUGCUUCUCAAUGGCAGUCCUCUGCAGAUUACAGAAUCUGGAGAUAUUCCAGAACUAAGACCAGUGUUGGUUGCAGUUAAUGCACCCAUAUCAAUAGCCCCCAUGUCCAUUGCAUUUGUUGUCUUUCCAAACUUCGAAGCUCAUGCUUGUGUCCCUACGCAAUGAUUUGCAGAUAACAGAUAACUAUGAAUUUGUAAAAUUUUCAUUUGUUUGAUUGGUGAAUAUAUCUGGAAAUUUUCAUUUGUUUGAUUGGUGAAUAUCAUUCAAGGAAGUUAAAAGAAAAGGUUGAUGAAACGUUUAGUAAUGGAUGAAUUUAUUGUUGCAUGUGAAAAUAUCUUUAUUAAUAGUUA